AUGCACUGUUCUCAGCCACCAAAUCCUGAAUCGUCACUUUCAACGUUGUUGUCUAGUAAAGGAAAUCUGAAUAAUAAAAGACACCGCCGACGGAGAACAGCAUUUACACAUUCACAGUUAGCGUUCCUUGAACGAAAAUUCCGAUGUCAAAAAUAUUUGUCAGUGGCAGAUCGUGGUGAGGUUGCGAGUCAACUUAAUCUAACGGAAACUCAAGUUAAAACAUGGUAUCAAAAUCGAAGAACAAAAUGGAAGCGUCAAAAUCAAUUACGUCUUGAACAGCUUCGAUAUCACAACUCUUUAACUAAGGAGUCGCCAUCUCAAGAAGAAAUAAAUAUUUGUUGUACUCCAAUUUCUGAUUUAAGUAAAAAGUAUUCGACUUGUGAUUUUCUUUCAUCUGCUAUAUCGAAUUAUACAACAUCAUUAUCAUCUUUUAAUCAAAAACAGAAUUGUUCGUAA